CUGUCUAUCAAGCCAGGAUUUAUCAACAAUCAACACUUGUGUUCAAAAUGAAGUCCAUCGUCGCCCUCCUACUACUGUCCAUCGUUGCCGGAAGCCAGGCGUACAUUCUGCCAUACGGGCUACCCGCUGCCGUGAUCCAAGCCAAUCUGGGUCUUCCGGCUGCUGCCCUGGACCUCGGACCAUACUCGUAUGGCCCGGCAGCACUAGCCCUGGCCGCAGGCCAUCCGGCAGCCAUUUCGAUUCCAGCUGUCCACCACCAGGCCCUUGCUGGACCAGCGUCGUACGUGGCCGCCAACCGCGGUUCCGUGCAUGCUGCUCCCCUUCCUGGACAUCUGAUAUCGCAGAAAUCGCUCAACCUAGCCCCGGCCCCUGGAACCCUGUAGAAUUGUAGAUUGACUCCGGUCACGCAAAAGGGUAAAAUAAAUGCUUCGAUCGUUGCAGUAGCUCACUAGUUUCAAUAAAUAAAUAGCAAUACAAAUGAAAAUACAUAA